AGUCGACAUCAAGCCGUCGCGACGCUUGUAUCACUUCUCAGUGGUAUAAAUUAUUUUAUUUUAUUUUUUUAAAUCAACACAUAGUUCUCAUAAAUUUAUAUGUAUAUUUACAAAUUUUAACCGGCAUCAACGCGUGCUACAAUCUCAUUCAAUUUAUUCAUUAUUUUAUAUAUUUUUUAUUUUUAUUUUUUUUUUUUAAAAGUUUUAAAAAAUUAAAAAUAAUAUUAAUAAAUUUUGUGAAUAACAUGAUUUUUCAUGUCAAAUGAUUAUUCAAAUAAACCAAAAACAUUUUAAGCAGUGAUAAAUUUCAUGUUAUUUAUUUUUAUUUUUUAAAGUAGUUUAAAAAAAAAAAAAAACAUUAUUCAUAUUUAAACGUAUAUAAAAUGUGAUUUUUAAUUGCCAUCAAAUGUGACAUGACGUGAUGAACAUAAUUUAACAAGUCAAAUUUGUUUUUUAAAAAAAGAACAAAAAUUAAAUGAAUUAUAUUUAAAAAAUAACUUAGUAUAAAUUAGUAUUAAUUAUAUUAAAUUCGUUGAAAAUACAGUGAACAGUUGUUUCAAUUUUAUAUCGUUUAUUUAUUUUAAUGUGAAUAUAUAUAUAUUUUUUUUAUCAGCAUAAUAUGAUUGUGCGACUUGUUGGAUUAUGAUUUUGAGGUCCAAUCAAAAAUAUCGUAAAGCAAACCACCAAGUGAGAGAAUAAGCAAAAAAAAAAAAAACGAAAAAAAACGACGAGGGUAGUGAUGAUUGAGCCUCGGAAAUAACGCCGAGGCCCGCCCCCCCUUGCCAUCACGGCUGAGAUAAAAAAAGGAUCAAAAGGGGGAGGAGGCGGCGGCGGUGGGGGCGAGGAAGAGGCUGUCGAUGGGGAUGAAAAAACUGAAGACGACGCCAUAUGAAAUGAUGAUUCAGAGAGUCAAAGCAGAAAGGGCGUUAUCGAUUGAAUAAAACUGAUAACAACUGCACUGUUGAACAUAAUAAAAUAGCGUACAAUACGACAUUUACGACAACGAUUGUGCCUCAGGUUCUUCAUCCAUAUAUAUAAACGAAGUUAAUUAAAUAUUCUCGAAGCAUUCGUGACACCAAAAAGACAUCUGGCUUUACAAACAAACUAAAUAAACAAUACAAGUGAUCCCUUUAUCAAGUGUUACAUUACAAUAGUGUUGAAUUGUGUGAAUUAAAUACAUCAUACCAAGAAAAUUCAAUAAUGAAAAAAUAGUAAAAUAAAUAAAACAUUAUUUCGAAUAAAAAAAAAAAAUAUAAAAAAUAAAGUUUAAUAAUAGUGUGCUACGUAAACAACAAACAACAUUAUUGUUUUAAAAUUCGUGAGUGUAUUUAGUGAGUGUCAAUUUAAUUAUUAACGCGUAAAUAAAAAAAACAAAUUAUUUUCAAUGAAAAUGUUACAGUCUUUAAAUGCCUUGGCGGGCAAAAUAUCGCCGGGCUCGCCAACCGAUGGCAAUGCCAACAAAGUACAUAUGCAAAAUAAUAAUAAUAAUAACACUAAUAAUAAUAAUAUUAAUAAUAACAAUAACAAUAAUGUGUCGCAUCAUCCACAUCCAUAUUCAAAGGUGCAAUCAACAAGAUCACAUCAAAAUAAUAUUGAUAACCAAAAGGAAAAUACUUUACUUGAAAAUUCACUGGAUAAACCAGAUCCAGAUACAAUUAAAAUGUUUGUAGGACAAGUGCCUCAUGAUAUGGAUGAAAAUGAUUUACGUUUAAUGUUUGAAGAAUUUGGACGUGUACAUCAAAUUAAUGUUUUGCGAAACAAAUACACAGGCAGCCAUCAAGGAUGCUGUUUUGUAACAUUCUACACGAGGAAGGCAGCAUUAGCAGCACAAAAUGCAUUACACAACAUCAAGACAUUCAAUGGGAUGCACCGUCCAAUUCAAAUGAAACCAGCUGACAGUGGUCAUCGUAAUGAUCGAAAACUCUUUGUUGGUAUGUUAUCGAAGAAAUAUACUGAAAAUGAUGUGAGAAAUAUGUUUGAUGUAUUUGGUGCAAUUGAAGAAUGUUCAGUAUUGCGGGACAAUAGUACAGGACAAAGUAGGGGAUGUGCAUUUGUCACUUUUGCGAGUAAACAAUAUGCCAUCAAUGCCAUCAAGGCACUUCACCAUUCUCGUACCAUGGAGGGAUGUUCAUCACCACUUGUGGUUAAAUUUGCCGAUACACAAAAAGAAAAAGACCAAAAAAGAAUGCAGCAAAUACAAGCUAAUUUGUGGAAUAUUGCAACAGUCAAUAUGACAUCACCAACGCCUUUUUUAACAAAUAAUGAAACACACAGUAUGUCACCAACGACAUCAUUACAAUUGCUACAACAAUUGCAAGCAAAUUCAAAUGCAACAACUCCAGUUACCAAUAAUACAAAUGCCACAAAUGCAUUAACAAAUGUACAGCAUCAAUUGCUACUUCAGCAACACCUUGGUUUGAGUGCAGCAAAUGCUAGUCAAGCUGUAACAGCACCCAAUGUAUCUAAUUCACCUGAAAUAAAUUCUGCCAAUCUUCCUGGACUUGCAACACUUGCUUCACUCGGUAAUACAACAACCGGUGAGUACGCAAACGCUGGUGCAACUGUAUCUCCAAUGAGCAUGCAGGAUUUAGUCACACUUGCUGCAAUGACUGGUGCUAAUGGAAAUCUUCAAGUAUCACAAAAUGCACUGAGUGGUUUAGCAAAUACAACGGCAGGUAUGUCUCUAUCUGCCCUUCUUGGAAAAACAGGAUGCACAGGGAAUACUGGUAAUGGUUUCAAUCCAGUGACAUCAUUGACGUUAAAUUCAUUGACUGGUUCACCUUUGAGUGGUCUUCAAGACUCAUUGACAAGUGCCUACUCAAGUUUACAACAAUAUGCAGCACUCAUUGGAAAAACAACAGUCACAGUGGAAAAAAAAGAAUUACAUAGAUUUCCAACUUUGACAACAUCGGGUAAUACAUCAGCCAUUGCUAGUGCAACACUUGCAGCACAUCAGCAAGCUAUGAUAUCAAAUGCUGCUGGUAAACAAAUUGAGGGUCCUGACGGAUGUAAUUUAUUCAUUUAUCAUUUGCCACAAGAAUUUACAGAUGUUGAUCUUGCAUCGACAUUUGUACCAUUUGGAAAUAUGCUUUCAGCAAAAGUUGUCGUUGAUCUUAAGACAAACAUGAGCAGGUGUUUUGGUUUUGUAUCCUAUGACAAUCCCUCGAGUGCAGCAAGUGCGAUUCAAACUAUGAAUGGCUUUCACAUAGGAGCUAAACGACUGAAGGUGGAACACAAAAGAGCUAAAGAGGCUUCAAAGCUCUUUUAAACCAAUGAGCUGCAUUAUCAAUAGCAGGUGGUCUGUGACAUUGUGACUGUAUACUUUAUCAACUGGAGUCGCCGUGCCAUGUCUGUCUCAAUUCAGUCACGACUCAAUCAGUCUCUGUGUUUUGUCGGUGCCUGUUAUGCAACUUCUACCACAAUCACCUCUAUAAUCCUUUACACACAUCAAAAAAUAUCUAAAAAAACACAAAAAAAAUAUAAAAAAACAUUGCCUUACAUCCUUUUCAUUAAAAUACCAUCCAUUUUCAAUAAUAAUUUUCCUCAAAAACAACCUCGAUCAUGUACUUGGCAAAACUACCCUUUAAAAAUUUUUUUUUUUUUUUUUGUUAUGAUUAUUUAUUGAUGUUAUUAGUAUUUUUUUUUUUAUAUAUCAAAGCUAGCAUGAUAAUUUUUACUGACUUUGAUAUUGACAAAUUUUAUACAUCAAUUUUUUAUUUUUACGUGCUCAAAUGAGAAUUGAUUUUGAUUUAAAAUUCAUCGAGAAAUAAAGGGAUUUUUUUUUUUUUUUUUUUUUAUUAAGGGGUUGCUAGGAGGGAAUUAAACGCUGAACAUUUAGUCGACGCGAAUUUAUGUGUAUAUAUUAUUAUAUGUUCGAGGGUAAAUAUGGAUUAAAAAAAAUAAAAAUAUGAUCAUGUAUUAAAAAUUUUAAACCGCAUCAUUAAAAUCAUGUGGUUUCAAAAAUGGACAAAAAGUGAAAAAAAAAUAUUGGUAUAUAUUGAAUGACAUGUAUGUAUCAUAUGUCUUUGACUGACGUUUAUUUUUAUCAAAUUUUUUUUUUUUUUUUUUAUGUAUGGAAAACAAAAAAAAAAUUUGUCAAUUAUUUUUCAAUUUUUCUUGCACGAAAAACAGUUUUUUUUUUUUCGUUUUUUUUUUAAAAGCAUAAAAUGCUAUUUAAAUAAUGUGCAGAUGAAAAAUGAAAUUAGUUUUUUUCUUUUUUUCGUUGUUUAUAGAUAUUUAAUUUUUUUUUCUUUUUGUUUUUAUUAUGUUUUUCAUAGUUAAUAAUGUACUCAUUGAAUGAGUCUAAAAAAGUAUAACUGCAAAUGCUUCAAAUUAUUCAUUUUGUUUUUUUUUUUUUUUCGAUUGUUUUGCAAUUUAAGUACACAUCCUUGUCAUUUAUCCUUUAAUUUUUUAUACAAAAAUUAAUACUCCUUUUCCAUUAUUAUUAUCCAUUUUCAAUUAAACAAUUUUUUUUUUUUUAAAACACACACGUACACUUGCAUUCACGUUUAAAAAAAUAUUUGUACACGAUGGACGAUCGAAGAGGAUGCCUGCAACGUUGAUCGCCUUUACUUAUUAGUAAAUAAAUUUUAAAAAAUAAAAAACCACUUAUUUACCUAGUAUAUACAACUUAAAGAAAAGUUGAUCGACGAACCGCCUCACGAUUUUUCCUCGCUUUUUUUUCUUCUUAUAUUUGCUCGUACAAUAUUGUUCUACUCUUAUUUAUGUUCAUUUAAUAUUAUUUUUUUUUUUUUUUAUAAAUAAUAUAUAUUUUUAUAAAUAUAUACGCCAAAUGCUGAUGUUUAAUUUUUAAGGAGAAGCAAAAAAGAAUUUGUUUAUUGACAUUGUUCUUUUUUUUUUUUUUAAUUUUUUUUUUUCUCAAGUUACCGUCUUUGUACGUGUCAUGCAUAUAAACAUAUUUGUCAAGUAUCAGUCAAAGAACUGUUUAAAGUUCAGCUAGUUCAAUUUUUUUUUUUUGGAGUCAUU